GCUGAAGGAAGAGGGGGUGGUUGCUAAGGAAACAGGAGGACGCCCGCCUGCCCUAGCUGCCGCCUCCGCCUCGGCCUCGGCCUCCGAGAAGGCCUAGCAGUCGCCGCCGUUGCAAAGCAGCCCUCAGGGGGGGGAGGUGGAGGAGAAAGAGAAGGAGGAGGAGGAGAAGGAAAAGGAGGAGGAGAAGGAAAAAGAGGAAAAGGAGGAGGUGGAGGAGGAGGAGGAGAAGGAAGAAGAGUAGGAGAGGGACUGUCCCCUCCCCCCUGCGAUUGAUGUUCUGCGGACCCCCACCCCCGACACGCCCGAGCCCACCCCGCCCCGCCCCCGCCCCUUAGCCCCCGAGGGAAGAAAGCGCAGCAUCGCCCAGGAUGACUUCAGAUGGCCUUUUGGCUGAAUAAGACAACAAGAGCUGAGAUCAGUUGGGGUUAAAUUUUCAUGAUGCAUGAAGCAAGGGACAGGCAGAAAUUCGUCAAUGAUGCUCAGUAUCUGCGGGAUAUGCAGCACAAGGUGGACUCCGAGUACCAGGCUUGCCUGAGAAGACAGGAGAAGAAGCGAGAUCAAUUUUGUAGGCAAGAGGCAAGUUUUGAGAGACCCCGACCUUCAAGUAUAUCUAUAUCAUCUUCCAGACAGAACUUGGUUGAAGAGGAUUUGGGCCCUGAACAAAGAAUUUCAAUAACAAGCAAGGCUUCUGUAACAAAAUCUGAAUCCAAGCUGCCAGCUAUAGACCAAACAUCAGUCAAACAGAAACAGAAAGUUGUCACAUCUUCAAAGAAACCAGAGAAAAAUGUGGGAGGCACCAGCAAACCAUCUCCACCAGCACAGGCACAGAUUUUAUCAAGGAAGAAGAGGCCAAACCUGGGGAGAUUGACAGUAAGCCCAGAAAUGCAGAGUAGAAGACCAUCUGGAGAUAGAAACAGACAGAUCUCAUCGCUGCAGGGAAAAGAGCAAACUCCCAGAGGACCAGAUUCAGUAGGACAACAAGAAGUAUGGUCAAGUGAAACUAAGAUGAAGAGGCAACAAACUCGAGAGAGAAGAAAUUUAGUUCCAUCUUCACAACUAAAUGCAGAUCAAAAAACACCUGAAAAAGUCUCCAAAGACUGGACUGCUCUUUCAUCAGCUCAGCCAUCUUUACCUCUGUCACCAUCUUUCCAAGGAGCAAAUGGUUCCCAGGCAUUGAGUGAAACCAGUGUACCAUCUCUUACAUCUACUAGCACAGUACAACCAAGAAGGGCAUCAGUUAGGUUCAGAGAUGAAGACUUUUAUUCCUUUUUAGAAUUAAACACAAUUAAUGCUAUUGGAGGAAAUGAAGACCCUGAGGAGGUUACUCGUUUAGAAGAAGAAUUUCUACUUGCUGGCAUACAGCCACCAUUUUCUCCUUUUAAUAACAAGAAUAUUGGACUGGGCAGACUAUCAGGAACUCAGAUUGAAAUCCAAAACUGUGAAGAAGAACUUGAAAAUAGCAGGCCUAGUUCAGUAAAAAGGACUGAAUCUGGUCAUCGCUCAUCAAGAAAAAGUAAUUUGAUGGACCCAGCUCCUGAACAGUCCUUGUUAGGACAAAGACUUCCUCGAGAUCUUAAAAUUCCUGAUGGUGAUUCCACUAAGGAAAAUGACUGUGUUGAUGAUGAAAGUGAGAAAGCUUCAUUUAAUUCAUGGAGUAUAAAAGGUGAAAACAGACAAGAAAGUUGUCUUAAUGGAGAGACUUUACCCAAUGAUUGUAGUUUUGUGGAAACUAGGCCUGGGAACCAUACUUACAAUAGAGACAGGCAAUCCUAUGGAAACAGCCCUAGGAAUUCCUUUGAUUGCUUUCCUCCCAAUAGGUCAACAGUUCAUAGGCCAUUACUGAAUUCAUCUUAUAACACCCCAAGAUCUUUACUCCAUUCUGCACAGCGAGCUGAGGUCCCAGCAAACUUAGCCUUGACCCCUGUUGCCCUUCAGGGCUCAGAUUCAGAGGGAAACUCAAGAUUCAAUGGUCGCCGACCUUUAUCACCUAUUAGAAGUAGAAAUCCAUCUGCUACUUCUGAAAAACAAGAUACUUCAUCACCAAUACCCAGUGCAUCUGAAUUUGAUGUCAAGGAAAUAGAAGAGAAGGAUUUAACAAGUCAACCACCUGAGACUUCACUAGAUAUUGAAUAUGUCUUACAAAAUUCACAAGAUGGCUCAUCCUCAAUGGAUCCUCCUGGUUCUCCUCCAUUAAGAAUGAACUUCCGAGGCCAUCUACAUAUGUCUGAGCCAAUGCAAGAGGAAAUACCUUUUACUUUCUUUGCAGUGUCUGAUUUACCAAACCAGAUCGAAGCUGGAAAUAUAAUGGUAGCCUCUGACUCCAUAAAUGCAAAAGAGAAUCAUCAGACAAAGGCAGAUCCUGACAAACUGAAGAAACUGCAAGAGAGUCUUCUGGAGGAGGAUUCUGAGGAAGAAGGAGACUUGUGCCGCAUCUGUCAAAUAGCUGGGGGUUCCCCAACAAACCCGCUAUUGGAGCCCUGUGGUUGCGUGGGAAGCCUGCAGUUUGUUCACCAGGAAUGUCUGAAAAAGUGGCUGAAAGUGAAGAUUACAUCAGGCGCUGAUCUAGGGGCAGUGAAGACCUGUGAAAUGUGUAAGCAGGGCCUGAUAGUUGACCUGGAUGAUUUUAACGUGAAUGACUACUACAGAAAGCACCAACAAUCUCGGGCACAAAAUGAGCUGAUGAAUUCAGGUCUGUACCUAGUCCUUCUGCUUCACCUUUAUGAACAGAGGUUUGCUGAACUCAUGAGACUAAACUAUAACCGAGCUGCAAGAGAAAGGUUAUCAAGAAAUUAUCCACAACCCAGACCCGAAGAAAGUGAAAAUUCGGAUUCAGGAGAUGGUAAUGAAAACAGUGUAUUCCAAAGCAACAGCCGGUUCGUCUAAUAAGGAGGGUGGUCGUGGAGCUCAAUAGGGGACCUCUCUACCCAGCUACCUUCUCUGUGCUCCCCAUUUGUGCCUUCUUUCCUCCUUUUUACUGAAACAGAAACCAUUGAGUAUGCCAUUCACAUUUUUAUUUUACACCCGUCUCUUUCUGGGGUCCGGCUUGAAUAUUUUAAAACAGCAACAUCAACUGACACGGGCUUUGGAAUAACAUGGUGCAAAGCAGUUAGUGGUGAGCCAUCCACUGAUUAUCUCCUCCUCCUGCCCAGCCAGCCCCUCCAACUCCCCAUACACAGUGGGGACAAGCCCAGACAACUGCUGGUUGCUCUGCUCCCACCUUUAAGCUCAGAAGCUGCUGCCCAGGGUCACCUGCUUCCUUGCCUUAGGAGAUAGGCUCUCUGAGAGGACACUUAGCUGCCCUGGUGGGCACAGUGAGAUGUUGAUAUCCUCUCUUGGGCACUGCCCUUCCAGAAAGGAACUUGUUCAGGUCUCCAGUCCACACUGAAUGGAAACCUAGCAGUGGCACAAGCGUUCAGUAAACUGAGUUUAUUCACCCAC